AUGGACAGCUUCGACCCCACAUUGGACGAAUCAGUCCCGCCGUCCGAGGCCGCGGAUGACCAGUCGUCUCAUGGUAUAACCGCCAGCGCGACGGUCGGCACACGGCGCCAAGCGAAUGGCACGAUCGGCUCCGUUUACUCGGGCAAUAAGAUCCGACAUCUGAAAAAGGAAGAUGGCAUCCCGCUAUGGCGCAAAGACAUUCAAUACCAGUUCCUCAAGCUCGUCUUCGAAGAUAAGACACCUGCCUUCACCCGAUACCCCGACGGCAAGAAGAACCUGGACUUUGCCGACAUCUAUAUCGACGCUAUGGCGAGGAGCAGCAAGACGAGCAAGAUUCUCAAGGAUAAGCUUCAGAAUGAUAAACCGGCAGCCGUCAGUAUGGCGAUGAUCUGUCUGUUGGUCAAUUUUGGUCGCAUGAACACCACCCUCAACUUCUUCCCCGAAAUGCGUGCCCAGCUAAGGACCUACCACUCAAUCCCUUCGCUGCAAGCUCAUCAGGACACCAACGCCUACAAACAGCUGCAGGAUGCUCCGCGCCUGAAGUCCAUCCUGAAGGGCGCCUCGGAGGAUGUUGAUCAGCCGAACACUUUGGACAAGAUCAAGCGCUUGGCUAUCCCUCGCACGAACCCCGUCAACCUCAUCUUCGUUUUGGCACAGUAUGCGCCUCGAGUGUCAGAGAUGCAUUUCUUCCCCCCGCGUGACUUCUUCGAUCUGGUGAUGAGGUCCACAUUGAGCAGUAAAACGCGAGCCAAAGCCUUCCUGUGGCUGAUGUGGUGGUACUUGGAGAGCGAUUUCAGCCGUGAGGCUGCAUUGAACAAUCCGUUUGGUCCCGGGCUGGAAGGAGAAGGAGCCGAUGGUUUACCCUUGAAAGUGCCCUUGUUUGAAAGCUUGACGGAGGAGCAGGCCAAUGAGGAAAACGUGGAUACUCCAGAGGAGCUGGAAUUUGGCGAGAAGAAAAGACUUGAACGUAAACGCAUUCUUGAAGAAGAUGAGCCUCUUCCCAGAAUUAUAAAGCGCCCAAAGAAAGAGUACGGUUUCGACGAAGAAUCCUUUGCGGGAGACUACUCUGGCUUAGGAGGCCGUAAUUCCGCCAUGUCCACACCUCUCCAUCCCUCCGCAAAACGAAGCUUGGAUGAUGACGACGACGAAUUAACCCCUGGCUUGUCUCGACCACGCAACAAGCAAAUGAAACGAGACGAGUCUCUCAACCGAGCUGUGGGUCAACAACGCCUCAUUUUGAAGACCAGGAUGGAACACACACCUAAUGCCUCCCCUGCUCCUUCCGGUUCUGGGCUCAUGGACCGAUUCAUCCCGGAGCCUAUGCUCACACAGUCAACUAGUCGUCGACCGCGCCCUUUGACGCAGCACCAGAUUGCCGUAGAGCAGAACCGUCGACAGCGGAUUGAGUACUUGCUUGCCAAACGUCGAAGCAAUGCAUACCGUGUGCUUAGUGCCAAGCGCAACAGCGAGAUUCCCUUUGGGCGAUAUGGACGUCUGCUCCAGAGCCUACCAGAAGGGUACGACACCGAGGAUGAAGAGGGCUCGUGGGGCAAAGGGGGUCUUCUUCCGAACCCUCAGGCCGAGGAUGAUUAUGGCGAAUGCGCCAACUUCUUCUUGUCUGUCGUCCGCAAGGCUACCCGCCGUCUGGAUCGUUGGGACUACGAGGACGCCAACGGACCGAAGAAGGACCGUCAGAAGGAGCGCGAAGACCGUCAGAGGACCAAGGCGGCCAUUGAGGCAGAUCUUCGCGCCGCCAGCAAUCGGUCUCGUCCCCGUCCUUCGCGAGGUGGUGCCGCCGCGAAGCGCAAGUCCACCGGUCCCACGUCUACCCCCACCAACGCCAAGAAGUCCGCAGCACGCCCCAAGGGUGGCAGCCGCCUUGCGGGCGAGUAUGCUGGUGGUGAUGAGGAGAUGGACGGGGAAUUGGACGAUCUCGACCGUGAGUUGCUGGGAGAGGGAUCUGGCGAAGAGGAUGGACCGCAACGCGUCGGCUAUCCUGUUGAUGGAGAUUCAUCGGACGACUCUGGGGAUGAUGAUGACGUUGUUGAUGGUGAUGAGAUCUCAUCUGCUUACGGCGGACCCAAUGGCUAUGCACGACACCAUAGCUCGUCCCCGGUUCCCGGAGCUGGCGAGCAACGAGGUAGGGACGAGGAUUAA